CCUAAACGCAUUAUUCCCUUCAUGAUCUGUGCUUCCGGACUCAUAGCCAUCGGAAAGAUCAUACUACUGUCAGUUUUAUUGAUACAGGGCUGACUGUAAAUCAUUCUCUGUCCUCUCUUACGAUGUCGGUUUUACAAUUUAUUGUGUUGAUCUUGGCAUCUUUUUGUAUUGGUGAGACCAUGGUCAUCGGUGAGCCUACCAGGGCCAAGUUGGGCAUCACACAGCAGUCUUCAACAACUGACAUCUGCUCAGACUGCAGCCAGAUCAUUGAGCUAUUCACAGACAUGAUCUCCAACACAGACACCCAGGAGCUGAUCCACAACACCCUGGAUGCCCUGUGUCUGCGCCUCCCCGGAGAUGAGGCUAAAAGCCACUGUAUAUCCCGGGUGCAGAUGUACCUGCCCCAAGCCAUCCAGUACCUCACUGGCAUACUGAAGCCAGGUGAGACAUGUAUGGUUCUGGGCCUGUGUGCUGUCCGCUCAGAGAGAAGAGCACCUGAACAGCUUCCUCCCACUUUCACUGACAUCGAUCUGUCCAAUGCUGUACUCGACUCAGGCACCAGCCCAGAGGUGCAGGUCAGCCCACAGUGUACCUUCUGUGUUUAUCUUAUGAAGAAACUGGAGAGCAUGUUGCCUAUGGAGAGGACUGAGGAUGCCGUAGUGAAGCUAAUGGGUGAGGUGUGUGGCCUCCUGCCUGCAAGCUACAAAGACCAGUGUGAUGACUUCAUCAACAAGUAUGGAAAGGAGAUUGUUGACUUCCUGCUGUCGUCAGCCGCCCCUCACUCCAUCUGUGUCAUGCUGCACCUGUGUCUGUUCCAGGAGACCCCCAGCAUGGAGAUGCCCCUCCCCUCUGACUGUGAUUCCUGCCGUACCCUUGCGGUUCUGAGCCGGCUCCACCUGGGUCUCAAUGCCACUGAACCUCAGACCACCUCUUUCCUCCAGUCUGUCUGCCUGCAGCACCCCAACGCCAUCCCCAAGUGUGAAAUGUUCACCAAACUCUAUGGCCCCAGGCUACAGAAGGUUCUGGGAAGCCAAAUGGAUGCUCCGGAUACAUGCGAGAGAGCUGAUGUGUGUGUUGCUGUGAAAGAGCAGCAUCUUCUGGGGAAGAACCAGUGUACCUGGGGACCCAGUUACAUCUGCAGGGACUUGAAAACCGCUCAGGGGUGUGGCAUGGUAGACCUCUGCCAGAAGUUGAUGUGGAACUAGAGCUGAGAACCACUCCCAGAGUUCUCCCUCCAUGGAUGAAGCUGAUGAUUUAUCUGCCAAACAUAUGUUUUAGAUUUGCACUUGUUACUAACUGAUUGCACUGUUGCCUUAAUGAUUUUUCUUUGCCACAGUAUAAAUGAAAUAUUUGUCAAUUUCAUUUAACUGGUCAUCUGAUAUUACACUGAGCAAUUUGAGUAAAAUUCCUGUAUAUUUAAAUAAUUCCUUGAUUUGCACUUCUGGUAGGCUGUUGUAGCACUGAGAUGAUUUGCACUGGGUAGGCUGUUAUGAGUACAGUAAGUAAUUAAGUCAAUGUAAAUUAUUGACUUAAAAUAAUAUUGGACCUAUUUAAGCACAUAUCCACAAGUAUAAUAAUUUACAUUUGAAAUGUGUUGUGACUUUUCAGUUGUCUACAAUAAAAAGGUAGGCUAUAGUAUCUUCAGUUAAAAUCAGUCAUAAUCAGGAAGAACAAAUAUAGUACAAUAAAUGAAAAAGUGGCAAAGUGUCUUGAAGAAAUUA